ACCGAAGGUAUGGAAACACCCUUCGUGCUUGCUUUUCUUGCAGGAAUCUCUUGUUUCAUUCUAACUCCCAAGUUUUCGAUCUGGUGAGAGCCUUCUCUGGGUUAUCGAUUCUGUUAGAUGAUGAAUUUGGUUUGAUUGAUGUGCUUUUUGGCCUUUUUUGGGCCUUUUUUCUUGAUCAUUUGAUGCUUAUUUAUGGUUGCAUUGGUAGAUGUGAUUCCUACAGUGAAAUGAGUGCUCUUUUUCCGAUUUUGGAUUCCGAUCUGAUUUAAUUGAAAUAGUUCUUAGAGACAUGAUCAUCUGGGUAAAAUCCGUUUCGUUGUUCCCGAAACUGUCUGCACGACAAUGCCAAGUGGUGGUAGAGUUUGAAAGCGAAUAGGAAAAAAAAGGAGAAAGAAAAAUCGGGAAUUGGUUUUGUGUACGGGUUUCUCUAGCGGGGUUAAACUAUGGUGUUCACACUUUCACUUGUAGUGGUCCAUGUAGUUAGAUUAGGAUCAAUAAUGGAGUUUGAGGUCAAGAAUGUCAGGUUGUGAUUAUAAACGGAAGUCGAUGUUGCUUUGGGGGCAAGAGUGUUUCUGGGUUGAGCUUUUGAAUUGACUUUCUUUCUUGGGAUCAUAUAAAUGGGGAAGGUAAUGGACUGAAGAUUGGAAUUUCUGAUAUGAAUUUAUUUUAUCAUGUGUGGUGUUUCUUUUUCUUUUGGAAUCUAACUGUUGGGAGAGCGAAUUGUUUGAAUAAGAUUGUUGCGGUUGAUGCGUCCAAAUACAGGGGUCGGAAGAGGGCUUCUGUGACCUACUGCAUGGCUUAUAUUCUUAGCUGUAUCACCAAGCAUUCUCCAGAGUACAAGGUUUUGAUGUUGGGACGUGUAUUGGGAGGAAUCGCAACAUCUCUACUCUUUUCAGCCUUUGAAUCAUGGCUUGUUGCAGAACAUUUUAAGCUGCAGCUACCACACCAGAUUGGCAACUCAAUUUAUGGACCUUAUGGACCCCAACUUGUUGUUGCUGGAGGCAAACUACAGCAGAUAUGGCAAGCGCAUAUGGCCCAAUACAGGCCGCCUCUUGGCAUUCCCGCAUGGCAGACCGUGAGGCUGCAGGACCCAUCCCUGCUUCCCUGUGCUCAGCCUCCAUCCACAUUUCCUCAGCCUUCCAGAGAGAUGCAGGUUGGAUCCUAUCAAUCUCCUAGUUCACUGCAGCUACAAGAGCUCUUGCCAAUUCCCUCAUCAUCAUCCUUGAGAGAGCCACAUGGUAGUGGGUUUGGCACUGAAGGUGCACCUCAACUGCAGCUGCUAUGUAAUGCCCAGCUCAUGUAAAGACAAUACCAUUGGAUGGCUCAGACUGGUUCAUUGUUUUAUUCAUUCAAAUGGUGGGUGGGGCAUCUUUGUGUCUCUCCAUCGUCGCCAACUAUGUAAAUUUCUUGCCAGUGUUUGCUUCACCUGAAAUGACAUUUCUAAACUUCAGUAAAGGCUUUUUGAUGAAUCUUGGAGGAUCACAAGUUCAAGGGGAAGGUGCAGGUAAUGAAGAUAUUUUUCCCAGAGGAUGACCAUGUCAUUGCAUGGGCCAUGCCGUGCGCAGCACUCAGCUGCGGUGGAUCGGUAAUCUCCCAUUACUUGAUACAUAUAGGAAGAAAGUGCUGUACUCGUAACAUGUUAUUAGAUCUAACAAAAGCAAAGCAGCCCCACGGACCCCAAAGAAUAAAGGAAUGAGAUGAAAGUAUACACUGGAAUGAAAAGUGAGGCAGUUCUUUUUAGCAUAUAAAUAAAAGUGAGGCAGUUCAUUUGUUGUUUUAAAAGCAAAAUGUCAGUAUGAAUAAACUAGCUGCCUGAGACUGUUGAUUUGAAUCUCAGAGACCGUUGAUUUGAA